CCACACCAGCCUCUUGGGAAAGCCCCGCUGCGGUGUUUUGCUUUGAAUUUUUGUACAAUGUUUAGACCCAGUUAACACAGAAAUGGAAACAAAUGGUCAGAAGAGAUACCUAGAGAGAGAAUUCACACAAGAGAACACAAAGUACCUUAAGAUUUACCAGUGAUCAAAGCAUGUGAAGUAGCUAAAUAUCUCCUGACUGCAAUGCCGGCCAGACUGUGUGGAAACUCAGUUCAUACCAGCCGUUCUAGGGGUGGUGUGAGUUGUCAUCAUCCUUAGGAAAGCGUGUUGUUGUAGGAUCAACCCAUUCUUCAAAAGGACUGUGCCUGUUCAUCAGCUCAGCUGUGUCUGCCCUGUGAAAUAUGGCAAGGAUAUUAAUUCCAGGAGAAUGGAACUUCAUGAUAAAAGAUGCCCAAUGAAGGAUGAAUUAGGGACAUACUGAAAAUGGAUAGAUUGUGUAAGGGGUCAGUUGUGAGGACAUCAGGAACAUGGCAGAUUAUUUAAAAUCAUACUGAAGAUGAUGCUUUGUCUGAUGAAAGUGAUUCUAAAUCAUAGGAAAACGAUUCAAGACAGACAAGAGCUGCGGUGGUGGGUAGAGGACUCCUACAGAUGCGAGGUAAGGAGCCUUCCUCCCCGCAGUCACAGGAUCCUUAAGCGCUCAUGAAGAUGAUGCCACAGCCCCUAGACUCUCUCAACACACACUUUCUCAGGUGUUGGCUUUUUCAGAUCGCUCCUUCUGCCGCAAGAAAGGCCCUCAACAACUGGCUCUGUGCCCAAGCCUUGCAGAGGGAGACAGCAGAGAGGAAGGCUGCCUGCAAGCAGCACAGCAGAUUCAGGACCUCAUUCGGUUCCAUGAGGAACAGCCGCUCUGUCCCACCUGAAAACACAGAGAAGACAAAGGUAAAUGUGGCUGCAGGCAAGCCUCAUCCUUUCUCAGAAUGGCCCUACUUGCCUGAUCUCAUGGCUGGCCCUUCAGGAUCACUGAUGGGCUGCCAGCCGCCUCCUCCACCUGGGUGUCAUCUGGGAACUCAACCACUCCCUCCAUCUGGAGGUUUUCUGGGACCUCAACAAACUCCUCCACUGGAGUGUCCUCUGGGGACUCAACCACCCCCUACACUAGAGAGUCCCCUGAAAACUCAACCACCUCCUCCACUCAAUUGUUCUCUGGGGCCUCUUCCAGCUCCUGCAGCUAUCAGUCCUCCAGGACCUCAUCCACCUGUAGCUGUCAGUCCUCCGGGACCUCAUCCACCUGUAGCUGUCAGUCCUCCGGGACCUCAUCCACCUCCUGCAGCUGUCAGUCCUCCCCUCAUCCACCUGCAGCUGUCACUGUCAGUCCUCCGGGACCUCAUCCACCUCCUGCAGCUGUCAGUCCUCCAGGACCUCAUCCACCUGCAGCUGUCAGUCCUCCAGGACCUCAUCCACCUCCUGCAGCUGUCAGUCCUCCGGUACCUCAUCCACCUGCAGCUGUCAGUCCUCCAGGACCUCAUCCACCUGCAGCUGUCAGUCCUCCAGGACCUCAUCCACCUUUUGCAGCUGUCAGUCCUCCGGGACCUCAUCCACCUUCUGCAGCUGUCAGUCCUCCGGGACCUCAUCCACCUCCUGCAGCUGUCAGUCCUCCGGGACCUCAUCCACCUCCUGCAGCUGUCAGUCCUCCGGGACCUCAUCCACCUCCUGCAGCUGUCAGUCCUCCAGGACCUCAUCCACCUUCUGCAGCUGUCAGUCCUCUGGGACCUCAUCCACCGGCAGCUGUCAGUCCUCCAGGACCUCAUCCACCUCCUGCAGUUGUCGGUCCUCCGGGACCUCAUCCGCCUCCUGCAACUGUCAGUUCUCUGGGACCUCAUCCACCUGCAGCUGUCAGUCCUCCGGGACAUCAUCCACCUGCAGCUAUCAGUCCUCCAGGACCUCAUCCACCUCCUGCAGCUGUCAGUCCUCCUGGACAUCAUCUACCUGCAGCUGUCAGUCCUUUGGAACCUCAUCCACCUCCUGCACCUGUCCGUCCUCCCGGACAUCAUCUGCCUCCUGCAGCUGUCAGUCCUCCCAGACAUCAUCUACCUGCAGUUGUCAGUCCUUCGGGACCUCAUUCACCUCCUGCAGCUGUCAGUCCUCCUGGACAUCAUCCACCUGCACCUGUCAGUCCUCCCGGACAUCGUCUACCUGCAGCUGUCAGUCCUCCAGGACCUCAUCCACCUCCUGCGGCUGUCAGUCCUCCCAGACCUCAUCUACCUGCAGCUGUCAGUCUUCUGGGACCUCAUCCACCUCCUGCAGCUGGUGGUCCUCUUGGACCUCGUCCACCUCCUGCAGCUGUCGGUCCUCUGGGACCUCAUCUACCUCCUGCAGCUGGUGGUCCUCUGGGACCUUAUCCACCUUCUGCACCUGCUGGUCCCCUAG